UACUAGCGCGUCCGCAGCCAGAGGAGCUCCGGAGGAAAUACCGUCCGUCAAACAGACACGACUUCAUGACGGAUCUAUGCCAGGUGUGGACCUAAUGCUUACCCCAGUAUGAGCACUAUACAGUAGCCCAUAGCUUUCCUUUGGACAUUGACAGACAGAGGACACUGAAGAGACAGAGAGAGAGACAGCAGCAUGGCUGUCUUCAAGCUGGAUAAUGUUGAAGAUCUUUAUGAGAUUGGAAGUGUUUUGGGAAGUGGUCACUUUGGGCAGGUGCGUGAGGUGCGGGAACGGGCCACUGACGUUCUGUGGGCGGGGAAAUUCCUAAAGCUGAAGAAAGGUGCAGGAAGCAGGUUGGGCCUGGAGAGGAAGAGUGUGGAGAAGGAGGUGGAGAUCCUACAGAGCCUUCAGCAUCAAAACAUCAUGGCUCUCAAAGAUGUUUUCGAGAGCAGGGCAGAGGUGGUCCUCAUCGUUGAGCUCCUUUGUUUCUCUCCAUCUGUUUCAGCCCCUGAGAUUAUCAACUACGAGCCUCUCGGUACAGCAGCAGAUAUGUGGAGCAUUGGUGUCAUUACCUACAUUUUUUUGAGCGGCCUGUCACCGUUCCAAGGUGAGACGGACGAAGAGACGCUGAGGAACAUUGUGGCAAUGAAGUACGAGUUUGAGCCUCACUACUUCAGCCAAACCAGCAACAUGGCCAAAGACUUCAUCCAGAAACUGCUAGUUAAAGACCAGAGUGAAAGGAUGACAGCAGAAGAGUGUCUCAUUCAUCCCUGGAUUAAGCCUCUCAAUAGAACUCAAAUAGCAAAGAGGAACCGCUCCUCCAUCAACAUGAAGAACUUUAAGAAGUUCAAUGCGAGGAGGAAAUGGAAGAUGUCCUUUAACAUGGUUUCAGCAUGUAAUCGGUUUUGUCGACUGCAAUUACUGUGUAAGGCCCGCGGUCCGGAGCAACAAGAACUGAGAGACUGUGAGAGCGAUCAGGAGGACACAGGCACAAAACCUGCCUCUCUCUUACGCAGGCGUCUUAGUAGCAGUUCAUAAAUCUCACAGGUAGAGGGAGUCAAAAAUCUCAAGCAUCUCCCUAUAACGAGGCGGCAGCACUCAUUCGACCUACAGUACUUUGUACUGCCAACAGGAGGAGACACAGGCCGCAAUCAACAGGAUCUCUUCACCCAUCCAAAGACUUUGAACCUCAGUGCAUGCAAUUGCCCAACCACCAGCUGCAUAUCCAGUUACAGUGAAUGACGACAUCUGAAAGAAGGAUGGGGCCAUGAGAUCAUUGUGGUUUUCUAUGCUAAUAUGCAAGCAUGUCCAUAGAUUUCUACCUCUGACAGAGUGAGUGUGAUGCUUCUACCUGAAGUGCUGUUGACAGGAGGGUCAGGUGUCUUGAAGGAUGUACCUACAAUGUUAAGUUUUCCUUAAACUAAGAGGGUUUUUAUUUUCAGAUUUAUUUCAGUGGGACAUAUACAUGCUAUAUACACUACUGUUCAAACG